AAUGGUCCAAGUCACCAUAACCAAUGCCCACACCACACCUCACCUCACCUCUAUUUGUCCGCAUCCGCUUCCUCCAUCAUCACCAUCACCAUCAUCUUCCUCUCUGCGCUUCCAACACUGAUGAAACACACCGUCACCCUUUACACUCAUAAUGCUUUCCUUGUGCAGUGUCAUGUUAUAUAACAAUACCAUCACAUUACCUUUUUCGUGUUUUUCCCUUUUCAAAAUUCCCAUCUUUUCUCGAACUUGCAUAUCAUCAUCAUAUUCGUUUUUUUCCCUUUCUCGCUAAGAUUGGUUUCUCUGUCCAAAUCCCCACUUUCGCCUCAGAUGCAGACUCUCCCUCCUCUCUGUUGCAUCAGAGGUUUCUGCUGCUCUCCCCUUCAUGGAUUUGGUUUCCACCUUCAAUUUUCUAACAGAGUUCGGAUGUGGCUAUGUUCUUCUCGGCUGCUUCUACAGGGUCCUUAACUUUCUCGGGAUGUUUUUGAUGUUCGGGUUCUGUUUCAAGGUUUUGCGCUUUGGUUGGCUUUCUAAGGGUUCGAUACGCUUCCUCUGUGAUUCUGGAGGCAUACCCAGAAUUCGUUUGUGCUUGGAGAAGGUCGUUUGGGAAGUGUCUAAGCCAAAGGUUGCACCUUUGGAAAUGGGGUGUGACCAGAAUUCGAAUUCGUCGAUCAAGAGGAGCUCUAAUGUUGCAGGAGAGAAAGUGAGUGCUAAUUCGGAAGAUGGGUUGGAAGGGAGGGAUGAGAAUGAAAAAGAGGUUUGUGAUGAGGACGAGGUGCUUGAUGUAAUGGCUCUGAGAAAAUUUGUGAAGAUUCAGAGGCAGAAAGCUAAUGCAGCAUGCGCAGAGCUUGAGGAGGAAAGGACGGCAUCUUCAUCGUCCGCUGAGGAGGCAAUGGCAAUGAUUUUGCGCCUUCAGAAUGAGAAGAGUUCGGCUGAAAUUCAAGCCAAUCAAUUCCGUAGAAUGGCCGAGCACGAGCUAGAACAUGAUCAGGAAGUGAUUGAGUCAUUGCAGUGGACGAUCACGCAGCAAGAAACUCAGAGGAGUUUGUUGGAAGAUCAGAUGGGGAUUUAUAGGGAGGAACUGAAGCAAUAUCUGAGUGAUGAUGAAAUAAACCAACUUGAACUUGAUGUCAGUAAGGAUUUGGAAUCUGAUCCAAAUGAUUCAGUAGCUAACUCUUCUGAAACCGAAUCACAGACAUUGGAAGUUCCGGAGGUUGUUAUAUAGAAAUGAGUUUACGUCUGUUUUCCUCAGACAUGUUUUGGUUUCUCAAUGUAAAUUGUAUUUAUUCAUAAUUUAAUUAAAAUAAUGUU